AUGAGAGAGUUUUUUGCUUAUAGGAUUCAGGAUAGGGACAACAAGUUCUCUUUAAUCCUUAAUGCCAGGAGGUUGUUUCAGCAGUUUUUAGUCGACGCAUACACAAUGAUCGAAAGUGAGCGGCUAAACUACAUACGGUUUCAGCAAACAAAAUUAAGAUGUGAAUCGUUUAACAGUCUUAAAAAUGUUCAAGAAGGUGGCCAGAGUGAUUUGUCUCAUACAGGAAAACCUGUUAUAUUACCGUCAUCGUUUACAGGUGGAUCUCACUAUAUGAUGCAAAACUACCUGGAUGCUAUGGCUUUAUGUAGGAAGUAUGGGUAUCCCGAUUUCUUUAUAACAAUUACAUGUAAUCCAAAAUGGCCUGAAAUGGUAAGGUUUAUCGGUGACUCAUCAAUUAAGCCAGAAGACAGACCUGACAUUCUUUGUCGAUUGUUUAAGAUGAAACUUGAUGCAUUAAUAAAAGACAUGAAGGAAAAAAAGAUUUUUGGUGAUAUUAAUGCAGUUGUUUAUACUGUCGAGUUUCAAAAACGUGGUUUGCCACAUGCGCAUAUAUGCUUAUUUAUGAAAGCUGAUCAUAAGCUUCCUACUGUUGAACACAUCGAUCCAUUUAUCUCAGCUGAGAUUCCUGAUAAGAAUGAAGAUCUUGAAUUGUAUUCUCUUGUGAGUGACUUUAUGAUUCAUGGUCCUUGUGGACACGCUAAUUUGAAAUGUCCAUGCAUGGUAGGCAACCGUUGUUCUAAAAAUUUUCCAAAGAGGUUUAUGGAAGCUACUUCCAUUGAUUCAGAUGGAUUUCCCAUUUAUAGAAGAAGAGAUUCGGGUCACACAGUUGUGAAGAAAGGUGUUACAUUGGACAACAGGAGCGUCGUUCCAUACAACAAAAGGCUUCUUAAAAGAUAUCAGGCACACAUCAAUGUCGAGUGGUGCAAUCAGGCUGGUUCAAUUAAAUAUUUGUUUAAAUACAUUAAUAAAGGACCAGACAGAGCGACUGUUGCUGUUGUUGAUUCAGAUAAAGGAACUGAAGAGGAGAUCCCCAAAGAUGAAAUUAAAGAAUAUUAUGAUGCUAGAUAUGUUUCCGCAUGCGAAGCAAGCUGGAGAAUAUUUGCCAAUGAGGUUCAUUAUAGGUAUCCGUCUGUUAUGAGAUUACCUUUUCAUCUUCCAGACCAACAAAAUGUUGUAUUCAGUGGUGAAGAUGAUAUCGAAGAUGUCCUAAACAAACCUCAAGUAAAUUCCUCAAUUUUUCUAGGAUGGAUGAACAUGAACAACAACGAUUCUGAACCUGAAGCAAGGGAACUUACUUAUGUUGAGUUUCCAGGAAAAUAUGUCUGGAAGUUAAAGGAUCGGUGUUGGCAGCCGCGUAAAACUCAUGUUUCAGUUGGGAGAAUUUAUUCUGUGUCUCCUUCUCUUGGUGAGGCUUAUUUCCUAAGAAUUCUUCUAACUAAGGUUAGAGGACCACGAUCCUUUGAAGAAAUCCGAACCUAUGAUGGUGUUGUCUAUCCUACCUUUAGAGAUGCGUGUUAUGCACGUGGGCUGUUAGACGAUGACAAUGAAUAUAUUGAGUGUAUUAAAGAAGCCAGUUUCACAGGAAAUGGUAAUUAUCUGCGUUGUUUAUUUGGUACACUACUAUUGUCUAAUACGCUAUCAAGACCUGAAGUUGUUUGGGAUAAGACGUGGGAGUUUUUGUCCGAAGACAUUUUAUACAAUAUGCGGAAGGAUACUGACAUUAGAGGAUUGGUUGUUUCAGACGAACGUAUAAAGAAUAUAACGUUGUCUAAAAUUGAAAAAUAUCUUCUUCGUAAUGGUUCAAGUUUGCGCAGAUUCUCACCAAUGCUUGUUCCUGACGAUGAGUAUGUAAUACACGAGAGCAACCGUCUAAUAAACGAGGAGCUUUCUUGGGACACUGAUCAACUUAGUGCUGAGUUCAAUAAUCUUCACAGCUCUUUAAAUGAUGAUCAAAGAGCAGUGUUUAACGAGAUUAUGGAUGCUGUUCGAAGUGGGAAUGGUGGUGUUUUUUUGUGUACGGUUACGGUGGUACAGAUUGUUAUUAAUGUUGCUUCAAGUGGUAUUGCAUCAUUGUUGUUGUCACGAGGUCGUACGGCUCAUUCACGAUUUCAUAUUCCAAUUAAUCUUAAUGAAGAUUCGGUUUGCCAUAUUAAACCUAAUACUGAAAUCGCUAAUCUUCUAAACGAAGCCAAGUUGAUUAUUUGGGAUGAAGCGCCAAUGGUACACAAACAUGCUUUUGAGGCUCUUGACCGUACAUUGAAGGAUGUUUUGAGUGUUGGUGAUUCACGAAAUUCUGAAAUUCCAUUUGGUGGAAAGGCUAUUGUCUUUGGUGGUGACUUUAGACAAAUCCUACCGGUUGUUCAAAAUGGAAGCAGGCAAGACAUCGUACACGCCUCUUUAUGUUCAUCCUACAUUUGGUCGAGUUGCAAGGUGUUAAAAUUGACAAGGAACAUGCGUUUAUCUGUUGGAGCCAGUAUCUCAAACAUACAGGAGAUACACGAGUUUGCUAAAUGGCUUCUUGAAGUUGGCGAAGGCAAUGUUGGUGAUGGUAACGAUGGCGAGGCAACUAUAGAAAUACCAAACGAUCUUUUAAUAACUGAUUCAACUGAUCCAAUUCAAAGUUUGAUCGACUUUGUAUAUCCUUCAGUUCUUGACCGUUUUAAAGAUCGAGACUACUUUUCUGAAAGAGCCAUACUCGCUCCUAAGAAUGAAGUUGUUCAUGGUAUCAAUGAUCGUUUGCUUGCAUUGUUUCCUGGUGAAGAAGUAGAGUAUCUUAGCUCGGAUAGUAUAUGCCCGACUGAGGAAAUCAAUGAUCCAUUACACCAAGAUUUAUAUAAUCCUGAGGUUUUAAACAGUGUGAAGGUUUCAGGAUUACCAAAUCAUAGAUUGGUAUUAAAGUUGGGUGUUCCAGUGAUGCUUUUGAGGAAUAUUGAUCAGCAAAACGGUUUAUGUAAUGGUACGCGUCUUCAAAUUACACGUCUUGGUAAACGUGUUAUCGAGGCUGAGAUAUUAUCGGGAGGUAAUGUUGGUUUAAGAACUUACAUUCCAAGAAUUAACAUGAUACCGUCUGACAAGAAAAUACCCUUCAAGUUUCAACGGAGGCAGUUUCCAAUAACCGUAUGCUUUGCGAUGACUAUUAACAAAAGUCAAGGACAAUCUCUAUCAAGAGUCGGUCUUUACUUGAGAGACCCUGUAUUUUCACAUGGCCAAUUGUAUGUUGUGUUGUCGAGAGUGAAGACUAAAGAUGGCGUCAAGCUUUUAAUAUUUGACAAGGAUGGGAGGCCGACAAAUAAAACGACGAACGUAGUUUACAAAGAGAUCUUUGGGAAUUUGUAG